GAACCGCGCUUCCCUGAGCAAGGAGGGAAUAAAAGGCCUGCGCGCUUGUGUUUUCUUUUAAUUGCUGCUUUAUUUUUUUUCUGGUGUGUUAUAGAGAAGCUGAGUCAGUGCUGCCAUGUCUGGCCGCGGGAAGCAAGGGGGGAAAGCAAGAGCGAAAGCGAAGUCUCGCUCUUCUCGGGCCGGGCUUCAAUUCCCGGUGGGUCGCGUCCAUCGUCUCCUGCGCAAAGGGAAUUACGCCGAGCGGGUGGGCGCUGGAGCUCCUGUGUAUUUGGCUGCGGUGCUGGAAUAUCUGACGGCUGAAAUCCUGGAGUUGGCUGGAAACGCCGCCCGGGACAACAAGAAGACCCGAAUCAUUCCCCGCCAUCUGCAGUUGGCGGUGCGCAACGAUGAAGAAUUGAAUAAACUCCUGGGAGGAGUUACUAUUGCGCAGGGAGGAGUCCUGCCCAACAUCCAAGCGGUGCUGUUGCCCAAGAAAACCGAGAGCCACAAGCCGAAAGGGAAAUGAGGAAGCGACUCUCCUCGCUUUCCCCUUGGAAAAAAACAUCCGUGUGAAACAAAAGGCUCUUUUAAGAGCCAC